CUGUUUACUCGCUAUACGUUACUGAAGGGAGCUGCUGCUUACACCGCCAAUUUGUUUAUAUACAAUACCGAUACCGCUGAUGGUUCCAAGCAAUUGUGAAAAACUCAACUCAAAGUUAUGGCUUUCCUAGCGUCAACCUGCUGCCGACUGUGCCUGAAUAGUCCUCCGUCCGAUUCGCUUGUUUUUUCCAUCUUCGAUACCUUCCAGGGUAAAGUUCUGUCGCAGCUGAUCGAGGAGCUGUUUGCCAUAAAGGUAUUGGAAGAGGAUCGCCUUCGUUCGCUAUGUUUGGAGUGUGUAAACCGUAUAAAUACGGUACACAAGAUCAAGCAGCUGUUCGUAGAAAAUGAUCGCAAGCUGCACGAAUUACAACCAAAUGACCCGCCCUCCAGCGAUCCCUCCUUUGUGGAAGAGUUAGUGUAUGAUGUAUUUUCUGUCGGCAAUGCGGACAGUACAGGCACGCCCGGUGAAGGUUCCUCCGUUGUCCACGAGAUUGCAACACAGGAAAGUAGUAAAGCAGCAGCACCUUCUCCAUCCCAAGCGUCCAUCGACGAGGUAACAAACGAUGGUACCCCUGCGGACCUUUACUUGGACGCAAAAGAUGAGCCAGCACACAGCAGUCCGACAUCACUCGCUGCUGUUGCUCAACCCACUCAGCUGCCACAAAACAAAUGCUACUUUUGUGGAGUAAUAUUCGAAAGCCAGAUACAAUUUAUCCACCAUCUACCGAGCCACUUUGACGAUGUACCCUACACCUGUCUGGAAUGCGAUGGGCUGGUGUUUAAAACGGUCCGCGAAGCAAGCAAACACAUCUCCUACCACGACGCAAACGAACGUCCGUUCAAGUGUCGCAUCUGCACGCUACGCUUUCCGACGCGCGUUAACAGUUUAACCCACGAACGGAAGAUACAUCGCUUUAAGCUGAAACGGAUGGAAGCAACCAAGGGGAAAGGGCCCGCCAGCAAACAACGAACGUCCGGGCGGCGUAGUACGGCGCAAAAGAAGCAACACAUCACCAAAUCCAGCUCGUCGUCGCCCAAGCAUCCCAUCGCCCAGCACGUGUGCGAAAUAUGUGAUAAAAGGUUUACCGCGAAGAAAAAUCUUACCCGCCAUCUGAUGAUUCACACCGGCGAAAAACCGUUCAAGUGUGAUCGAUGUGACCGAUCGUUUCGACAAGCAGGCGAGAUAAAGAAGCAUCUGUGUCUACACCCGACGAAGCGCGAAAGCACCGAACAGCGACCGACCAUCAAAUCGUCUCCCGGUGACACGGAUUCGAAGUGUACGAAUAAAAGAAGCAGCGUAAAGUGUAUGGUUUCAUGCUAAAAUAUCGGGCAUCGUAUCGCUCCAAGUAGAUUUAUUAUCACUAACGAAUGCAAUUUGGCAUUUUGUUCUACGCGGACACCACGGGAGAACUACGGAGGUAAGUAGUACACACAUUGACGCUCCUACCGACGUAAGUACCUUCGCCUAACAGAUACAGUCAACCCUCGUAUAACGAAUUUCAUUUGAGGACGCUAGGACAACAAAUCUGCUUACACGAAAAAGCAUUUGGAACUAACGUGUGAGGCGCAAUAAGACCGGGAGGACUAAUCAAAUGAUCGGGCCUCUUCAGAAGACUCAGGUUACUCGGAAGACAAGAAUCUUUGGAACAGGGCUCGCCUCUUGGCUGCCGGAAAUGCCAAUCACUUAUUUAAAAUUUCUCGCGAUUAGUAGGAAACCACACGUUAUAAGGGGGUUGACUGUGCAAACUUAACGUAUCGUAAACAGGCAUAACAAAAAGCAUCCACAUCCAAACUCCAGUCGCCAUGGUUUGGCGCGCUUAACGUUAACAGCGUUGUUGGCGAAAGUCGGCACAUGGCCGCACGCAUCGGAAGAUUUGCAAUCCUUUUUCUACUCCAUUUACUACAUAACUUUGGCGUCUCUCACGUCCCAUUAACAAACAGUCUCGUUCUGCAUUCAUUCUUGCCUACAUCAAAUACUGUGCUUAUUGCUCUAGAUGGGUGCGACAGGAAAGGAAGUGCGAGAGUGUUAACUUUCCUACGAGAGGCGAAUGAGGUCUCGGAGACCCGUAGGCUCUAUAAAUAAACGAAUAUAACUUUCCUAACGCCAACUCGUGAGAAACGGAAAUCGGAGACUUCGUACUUCACUCGAUAUCUCCUUCAAAGAAAUACCUUUCUUUGAACUUAUAACCCUGUACUCAGUGUGGAAAAACUGCCAGUAAUUGCCUCACAGCCUGGACAGGUAGAGUUUAGGAUGUUCUCGAGAAGUUUAAGCUUAGAGAUGGCCUUCUCUUAUCUGCCUUGGCACUACAAGCUAGCCACAAGUAGCUGGAUAGUCAGUCCGGCUUAGAGGAGGCGUACAGUGUUUUAAAAAUGACGACAGUUAUCAUUGUCGCUGAUGUUAAACUGAAUUCCGAAGGUGCCUAUUGGGAUAUUUAAGGAUCAAGUGCUUCCCUGGCUGCGGACCAACUAUUAUGAACUUCAAAACAGUAUCCCACAACAGGAUGGCUUAGGGAGAAAAUGAAGAUUUGGUCCAAAGAUCUGUCCUACCUAAUUCAUUCCCACAGCAGUCUGAACCUCAAUACGUUUGAUCAGGGCACAUUGGAGUCCAUGAAAACCUUGAAGUCUAUUAUAACACGGCGCGUGGUAUCUAACUUCCGGAGACUGAAUUCGAAAGGCCUGUUCCAGCCUUCGGCGCCAUUUUGAGAAUUUUGUCCGUAACAAACAUAGAGGGAUAACAUAAACAUACAUUUUCGCUCCUUUUUUCCUGCCACACCCGGCAAUAUUACAACGCGCUUGCUUAGUAAACACUCUACCUAACAAGUACCUCACACUCUACGCGCCCUCGGCCCAUCAACGAUAACAAUACAUUCAAUAUCGAGUAAAAAUGAAGCUAAAAAAGUAAAAAA